UGUUGACAAUAUGCCUCACUGCUGUGUCCCCCUUUGUUUAAAUCGAUCAGAGAGUAAAACUGAGACCAAACUGUCUUUCUAUCGCUUUCCUCCGAAAGACAAAGAUAAGAAGAGGUGGCUGCAGUUAAUACGGCGUGAUGGCUUUACACCAAGCCCCUGCUCAAGGGUGUGCAGUUGGCAUUUUCCAAAUGGCAAAGCUGCUGGCCCAUCACGUUUUGCUUGGAACGAGGGGAAGACUUUCCCAGGCCACCUCAGCCUUCCACACAAGAAGAGAAAAACAGUACCACUCCCUCCCAGUGGUGAAGAAGGGACAAAUGAACUUGAAUUACAAAAUUCUGACAUUGCAACCGCAGAGCCCCCUAGUACUUCAGACAACCCAACCGCAGACACCCCUAGUACUUCAGACAACCCAACCGCAGACACCCCUAAUACUUCAGACAACCCAACCGCAGACACCCCUGGUACUUCAGACAACCCAACCGCAGACACCCCUAGUACUUCAGACAACCCAACCGCAGACACCCCUAAUACUUCAGACAACCCAACCGCAGACACCCCUGGUACUUCAGACAACCCAACCGCAGACACCCCUAGUACUUCAGACAACCCAACCGCAGACACCCCUCGUACUUCAGACAACCCUUUUAACAGUGUUGCGCUGCUAGAGAUAGAGGUUGACAUGUUGAGAAGAGAGAAUGAAAAAUUGAAAAGAGAAUUGGAGAAACAAAAACAGACCUUUUCCUUCAGCCAAAUAUCUUCCAAUCGUGUCAAAGUAAAAUAUUUCACUGGCUUACCAGAUGUUGCUACCGUCCUGGUUUUGGAAGCACUCUUAUCUAAGUUUGAGCUACAAUAUCAUUCGAAUUGGACAAAGGAGUCCCAGGAGCAAGGUGGAUAG